CCCAGCCAUGGGCAGCCCCAGUCUUCCAGAACUUCAACAGCCUCUGCUGGCAGGUGUAGGCUCCGCAUGCCCUGUCCAGAAGCCUGGGGAGCUUGAGCUGGAUCCCCUCUUCAGAGAGACAGCCUUUGUGGAGUCGCUGUGGGGUUGGCAGCUUCUGCCACUACCUCUUCCCUCUGUGAGCGCUGGUCUUGGGCAGCCAGGGCCCCCUGACCUUGAGGAUGUAUCAAAUGACAGCGACUCGGACUGGGAUGGGGUCAGCCUUCUCUCCCCACUGCUGCCCCAUGACCACCUGGGCUUGGCUGUCUUUUCCGUGCUGUGCUGUUUCUGGCCUGUGGGCAUUGCUGCCUUCUUCCUGGCUCCAAAGAUCUGUACCAGUAAGGCUUGGGCCAAGAGGAACAUCCAGGGGACAGGGGCCGCCUCCCGCCGCGCCUUCCUGCUGGGGGUCCUGGCUGUUGGGCCGGGUGUGUGCAGCGCGGCAGUCCUGGCGACCCUGGCUGCCUACCUUGCCUCUUGA